AAAGUUGCUCUAAUCAGAAAAAAACCCCAAGGGGGGCAUAUAGUGCACAAAGGAUAAAGAACAGUAAUCUUUAUGUAAGCCAUGGGGAAUUGCACUCACAAAAACCAAUAAAUUUGUAUGAUGAAAUAUAUUAUGAGAUUUUCCCCUCAAUGUGCUUUUCAUGGUGAGGAAAUUCAAAUUGCUUCUGUCUAGAAGGCAUGGUUCUUAUACCCGUCACUUUAAACCAAACAAGAAAUCUCACAAUACCUAAAGACUCAAGGACCUGGGGACAGCCUUAAUUUCUGUGCACAUAGCUAAGGAAAAUUGAAAUUCCUGCAAGUGAUAUAGAGUACAUUAUUUUUUCAGAUAAUUUGCUUGAAAAGAAAACAUCACCAGCACUAAAGCCAUGAAAAGAGAAAAUCAGGCAUCCUCUCUCUCUGCUUGAUUCAAAGGGUUAAAGUCACACCAGGUUCCUGAAAACAGCUACUUCCAAGCCAGCAUCUGGCUACUGCUGCGGUUAGUGGGAAGGAUUUUCUUUUUAAUAGCAUUAUAAAUAGGGCUGUGUUCAACAUCCUGCAGACUUACUUUCUCUUUCAUUCAAGCUUCUCCCUCCUCCUGCACAUCUACCACAGCUCUAUAGACAUGGACCCAUCAAACUUCUUGCUCAAAUUCACCGCCUUGCUUAUAUGUCUUCUUCCUGUUCUUCAGGCCUGUCCUCAGAACUGUCACUGUCAUGGAGGAGACCUUCACCAUGUCAUUUGUGACAAUGUUGGAUUGAGAAGGAUUCCCAAAGUGGCUGAGCAGACCCGGCUUCUCAAUCUGCAGAGGAACAGUUUCCCUGUGCUGCCAACCAAUGGUUUCAGAGAGAUGAAAAAUCUUGUAUCUCUUCACCUCCAACAUUCCCACAUCAAAGAAAUCUCCAGUGGAGCUUUCCGGGGCCUGAAGCAGCUGGUCUACCUUUACUUGUCAAAUAAUGACAUCAGUACCAUAAAGAUGGGAGCCUUUGAUGACCUGAUAGAACUUACUUACCUCUACCUAGAUCAUAACAAGAUAUCUGACCUGCCCAAGGGACUCCUCUCUCCACUGAUUAAUCUUUUCAUCCUGCAGCUAGGUAACAACAGGCUCAGAGAGCUGAGAUCAGGAGCCUUCCAUGGUACUAAGAACCUUCGCUGGCUCUAUCUCUCUAAUAACUCCAUCUCCUCCAUCCAACCUGGGGCCUUGGAGGAGGUGGAAAACCUAGCCAUAUUCCACUUGGAUAAGAACCAGCUGAGCAGCUACCCGGUGGCUGCGAUGAGCAAAUUAAGGGUGGUGGAAGACCUGAAGCUCUCACACAACCCAAUAAAGUUCAUUCCGGAUUUAGCCUUCCAAUCUUUUGGAAGGUACAUGGAGACUCUCAGCUUGGACAACAUGGGAUUAGAAAAGUUUUCAGAUAAAGCAUUUGUUGGAAUAACCGCACUGAAGAAUGUUCAUAUAGAGCACAACAAAAUUUCCAGUCUACCUAGGAGUUUUCCAUUCCCCCGUCUUGAGACACUCUCCCUGUCCAAUAACCCUUGGCAUUGUUCUUGUCAAUUAGCACCUUUGCGCAGGUGGCUGGGAUCUACCCGUACUCGCCCAGAUGCAGUCUGUGCAUCACCUCCUCAGACUCGAGGACAGCAGAUUCGAGACACUUCUGCGCUCCGUAGCUGCAAACUUCCCUCUAAGAGAUCCAAAAAAGGAAAUCGCCAUUAAGCAGAAGAUCUCUUUUUCCCAUGAACAGGAUCCAGAAAAGUAAGUCCAGGUAACUCUUCACUUCAACCAACCAACCAACCAACCAACCAACUAGAAAAGUACUGAUGCCUUCCAAGUCUUUCAUCCUAAACAACUCCUUUCUAUCAGAAACAACAAAUCUGAAACAUAUCUAUAUCCUGCUACAGGCAUAUUUCAGUUCCUCCCUCCCCCCCAUAUUAUAAAUAUUAUUUUAAAUGAUACUUUUAGAAACAUAAACCUAUGUAUGACAAAGCUACAACAAACCAAAUGAGAUCUUGCCUGUAUAAUACAGUCAUUUUUCUUGCUGUCAUUCAGCCAGCCAUUUGAUCUCCAGGAUUUGCUGUCCAACAAUCAAGAAAUGAACAGAAAGCAUAAAAAAGUUCCCUGCAUGUUAGAACAUGUUAGUAUUCUAACUGAAAGAAUUGCAUUAGUUUAUUUUACUUUAUUCAUAGAGAUUGUCAACAUGGAUAAGCAAUGAGAGUGUGCUAGAUGAAAUAAAUGGUGUAUAAGGUAUUUACAGAAGCAUGUUAUGUAGAAUAUAUAAUUGAAAAGUUAGAUCUCUGAGCUCAGGAAAGCCUAGAACAGGGCUUUUCAACCAGUGGUACAGUUACCACCUGUGGAACAUUGACAUCUGACAGGUGGUACGCGGCCAUCCUAGAAAAGUGGUAGCGGGGGAGGGGAAUGAGCUGAACCGGUGGCAGCACCGCACAAGCCUGAGCGAGAGAUGGCUGGAGCUGCAGGGCUAUCAGGGCUCAGUGGAA